AGACAUUCGUUCGAAUUCACAUGCUCAACAAAAGAAAAUCUCACCUUUGGCGACGACGAAUCAGAUUAGGGUUUCAAAAGUGUAAUUGGUGUUCAAAGGAGCAUCCUGCAAAAUCCUCUUUCAUGUGCUCAGCUUGGAUCGGCCUAUUUUGAUGCUAAAACCGAAAACGUGAAAAUGGAGCAUUGGUUUCGGUUCCGUUCUAUUACCGUUUUUCUGUUUCUGUUUUAGGUACCGGUAAUAGAUCCUCGUUUGCCGGAGCCGCCCUGCAAAAGAAUUGCCUGCAGCAGAUCUGUAUUCUUCUAUUACUAUCUUUCCAGCCAUUAUCAUGGUCAAUGCAACAAAAGGCGUCUUCAUUUCCUGUGACAUACCUAUGGCUCAAUAUAUCAUAAAUAUGAAUGCUUCAAUGCCUGCAUGUGACAAGUUCAUAAUACAUGUCUUGGAUAGUACUCACAUGUUUGUUCAACCCCAUGUCGAGCUAAUGAUUCGGAGUCAAAUCGCAAAGUUUAGAGAAGACAAUACAUAUGUCAAGCCUUCUUGAUUCAAUUUCAAUUUCAUCUUAGGAAUAUAUAUGUUAUUUUAGUUCUUUAUCAUGUUGGAAAACACUCUUCUAUUGAUGUUGAUGUUGAAAUGCCUUUUGAAAAGUUGUAUAGACACAUGAUACAACUAUUUUGGUUAAAUUCAUAAGGAACUGGUGCACUAUAAACAUGACCAACUUGAUAACA